AUGUCGGUGUCAGGCGAUAUACAUCUCAGCGACUGGAUUAGUGUUCGAAAUAUUGGACUCGUCGUGCUCUUUUAUAUAUUGUCUGCGUUUGCAAGACGGAUCUUGCGAAACUAUACUCUUUCUGGUUUGUCUGGUCCUCCCGCUCCCAGCUGGCUACUUGGACACGGCGUCCAAAUCCAGGCAUCGCCGGUCGGUACGUUGUACAACAAAUGGUCAGAGAAAUAUGGGCCGACGUACAAGCUCAAGGGCCCCUUUGGUACCUCUGUGCUUGCUAUCGGCGAUCCAAAGGGUGCAGGUCAUAUCCUCACAUCGAGUAACUAUGUGAGGCCCACAGGAGAUCGAAUCGGUCUUCAACUGUUUGUGAGUCCACGCUUGCUCUUCCAGAAUAUAUCUAAUGUGCAACAGUUCGGACAAGAACACAAGGAACAAAGGGCGAUUAUCAGCCCGGCAUUUAGGUGCAGCCAAGUCCAUUCUUUUGAUAUCUGUGGAGCUUAUGAUACUGGCACGGUCAGCUCGGCCGCGGUGCGCGAGGUGUCGAACGUUAUUUUCGAUCUUGCACACAAGUUGAAAACAGACAUGGACGACGAGAUAAACCAAGACGAUAGCAAAGUCUUUGAGAUGUUCAGCAGGGUCCCUCGCUUGACUCUGGAUGCGAUAAGCAUGACGACGUUCGCAUACGACGUCAGCCACUCAGACAGGCCGAUCCCCAAGCUCAUCUCGCAGAUAAUCGAUGUUCCGCAGACGACGCUGACAUUCGCCGUGAGCGCGAUGACGGUACUUAUUCCCGAGUUGUUAUACAUCCCAAACCCUAUGAAGCGGUGGACGACGAUGUUGCGCACUGAAUUUCAAGCGAUUGCAGAUACUGUAUGGACCCAGCAGGAGCGAGGAAUCGGGAUGCAUUCGAAGCUUUUGGAUGCACUACAUAAUUCCGAGAAGAUUACAGGAAAGCCUUUUAACCGGGAUCUCGCCAUUACACUUAUCACAGGUACGAUCUUCGCUGGUUAUGAAACGGCUGCAAAUGUUAUCAUGGAGUGUCUGUUUGAACUUGCACGUCAGCCUCAAAUCCAGGACAAGCUGCGUGCAGAGCUAGUUGCGUUUACUGAGCAUGUAGGCCGGGAGCCGACAUACGACGAUUUAAUGAACGGACAACAUCUGACCUACCUCGAUGCCGUCAUCCGCGAGACGAUUCGCACCAAGGCCAUGCAGAUGACGCUAAAGCGACAGGCGCUCGAAGCGGACACGAUUCCGCUGCAGUUUCCCCUGCCCACCGGCGAGACGCACAUCACUGUUACAUCGGGGCAAUACAUCCAUAUACCUAUUCGUGAUGGCAUCAACACAGACCCGCGGAUUUGGGGUGCAGAUGCGGCCAUCUUCCGUCCAGAACGAUGGUUGGAGCUGGGCGGCCUGCCCGAGGUGGUCAGCAGCAUCCGCGCGCCCGCACAUCUGAUGACGUUUGGUGAUGGGGCGAAGAUAUGCGCCGGUCGGAACUUCGCGCUGGCCGAGAUAAAAAUUGUUAUAUCAGUUCUCGUUCGACACUUAGUGUUCGAGCCGGAUGGGGAGGAGUAUGUGUUCUACAAGACCGGGGGAAACACUAUCAAACCGAAGAUUCGUGGACGUGAAGGGGAAGGCGCUCAGCUCCACCUCCGAGUGCGCAGGUACCUCGUUGAGUAG